CCGGUGGGGAAGGAUGUUGGGGGCAACUCUUCACCCGUCCUAUGUCAUCCUAUAUAUCGCCGUGUUUCAGAAUUUCAGGACUUCUUUUACUAUAGAGGUUUCAGGAAUCAAGGUUGAAAAUGAAAACGGAAACGAAUUACAAGAUUACUAUUCAGAAGGAAUUGAGAAUCCAAGAAUAAAUCAGGAAUCUUCUAUAUACGAAUGGAAAAAAUGGAAUAAACUUAGAAAAAGAGAAGUUGGGGGCAGAAAAAGAUACAGAGGCCAAACUCAAACUCAGUACAUAGCAUUCAAAGAGAGCGCAGGGAAGGAAAGGACUGGCACAGCCGAGGCAGUAUCAUCCUUAGAUUCAUCAAGGGCCACAGUUAGUGGAACUGGAAUGGGACAAGCACAAAGUCAGUCUUCCACUGGAGAUUGUGAUACAGAUUGCUAUCAAGGAGCUUUCACUCAUAAAGAACAACCAGAAUUAAGACCGCAUGAAUAUGCGGGAGUACUAAGACCAGGACAAUAUCCUGGACCAUUGCCACCUGGAGCUAGACCAGGAGAAUACCCAGGAACAUUUCAAACUGGAGGGAGACCAGAGGAAUAUCCUCGCACAUCACGACCAGGAGAAUAUCCAGGAGUUUUGCUGCCAGGAGCUAGACCUGGAGAAAAACCAGGACUAUUACCACCAGGAACAAGGCCCGGGGAAUACCCAAGUACAUUACAACAUGGAUCAAGGCCAAGUGGGUUAUCACCCGGAGCUAUACCAGGCGAAUAUUCAGGUAUAUUUCAACCAGGAGCAAGACCCGGAGAAUAUUCUGGAGUAUUGCCACCAGGAUCGAGACCUGGAGAAUAUGUAGAUACAUUAUCACCAGGGGUCAGACCUGGAGAAUAUCCGAGUUCAUUACAACCAGGCGCGAGGCCAGGAGAAUAUCCAAGUGCAUUAUCACCGGGAUCUAGACCUGGAGAAUAUCCAGGUACAUUAUCACCAGGGACCAGACCUGGAGAAUAUUCGGGGACGUCACAACCAGCAGCCAGGCCAGGAGAAUAUUCAACUGCACUACCACCGGGAUCUAGGCCUGGAGAAUAUACUAUUGGAUCACUACCGGGAUCGAGGCCUGGAGAAUAUACAAGUGGAUCACCACCGGGAUCAAGGCCUGGAGAAUUUCCAACUGGAUCAGCACCGGGAUCGAGGCCUGGAGAAUAUCCAACUGGAUCACCACCGGGAUCGAGGCCUGGAGAAUAUCCAACUGGAUCACCACCGGGAUCAAGGCCUGGAGAAUAUCCAAGUGGGUCAUCAACGGGAUCGAGGCCUGGAGAAUAUUUGGGGGCAUCGCCGGGAUCGAGGCCUGGAGAAUAUUUGGGGGCAUCACCGGGAUCGAGGCCUGGAGAAUAUCCAAGUGGGUCAUCACCGGGAUCGAGGCCUGGAGAAUAUCCAAGUGGGCCAUCACCGGGAUUGAGGCCUGGAGAAUAUCAAGCUGGAUCACCACCGGGAUCGAGGCCUGGAGAAUAUUUGGGGGCAUCACAACCAGGGGCCAGACCAGGAGAAUAUCCAGGUGCAUUAUCACCAGGAUCUAGACCCAAACAAUAUCCAGAUAUAUACCCACCUGGAUCAAGACAAUAUUGGGAUGCGUCGCAACCAGGAGCAGGACCAGGGCAAUAUCCCAGUACAUUAUUACCUGGAGUAAAGCCUGGGGAAUAUCCUGGAAUAUUAUCACCUGAAGCUCGACCAGGGCAGUAUCCAGCAGCAACAAUACCCGUUGCUAAGCCUGGAGAGUAUCCUGGAACGUUAUUGCCUGGAGCUAGACCAGGAGAAUAUCCUGGGACACUAUCCCAAAGACCAAGGCCAGAAGAAUAUCCUGCUGCAUUCCCUCCAGGAGCGAGACCUGGAGAAUAUCCUGCUACAUUACAAGGACAACAUCAAGUAGUAGGUGAUUCACCUCAUUCUAUUUUGAGUCAAUUUCCAGGAGUGGGAAUUCACCAUAAACCGGUAGGAUAUCCAGGCAUAACAACUACUACCUUUGACGUUUCAACACAUACUUCUGGAAAAGGCAAAAUAACAUCAAUCUUCCAACCAACUUAUUCAAGAGAUACGUUUCCAGCAGGUCAUGUAGGAGAACCAAUGCCUCCCUCAGGAUACCCAGGAAUACCAAGACCUGGAGAACUUAUGCCUCCCUCCGGAUACCCAGCAAUACCAAGACCAGGAGAACCGUUACCUCCCUCAGGAUACCCAGGUAUAGCGAGGCCAGGAGAACAGAUACUUCCUUCAGGAUAUCCAGAAGGAAGAAGACCUGGAGAACCGAUGCCACCCUCAGGAUACCCCGGUAUAGCGAGGCCAGGAGAACAGAUGCCUCCCUCAGGAUACCCAGGCAUAGCGAGGCCAGAAGGACAGAUGCUUCCCUCAGGAUACCCAAGUAUAGCGAGGCCAGGAGAACCGAUGCCUCCCUCAGGGUACCCAGGAAUAACAAGGCCAGGAGAAAUUAUGCCUCCCUCAGGUUAUCCAGGAAUAGCAAGGCCAGGAGGACCGAUCCCUUCCCCAGGAUAUCCAGGAAUGACAAGGCCAGGGGAACCGAUGCCUCCCCCAGGAUACCCAGGAACAGCUAGGCCGGGAGAGACAUUACCUCCUUCAAGAUACCCAGGAAUAGCAAGACCAGGGGAACUUAUGCCUCCGCCAGGAUACCCAGGCAUCACCGGACCAGGAGAACCGUUGCCUCCCUCAGGAUACCCAGGAACAGCGAGACCAGGAGAACUGUUGCCCCCCUCAGGAUACCCAGGAGUAGCGAGACCAGGAGAAUUUAUGCCUCCCUCCGGAUAUCCAGGAAUAUCAAGUCCAGGAGAACAAAUGCCUCCCUCAGGAUACCCAGGGAUAGCAAGACCAGGAGAACCAAUGCCUCCUUCAGGAUACCCAGGAAUAGCAAGACCAGGAGAACAGUUACCUGCCUCAGGAUACCCAGGAAUACCAAGACCAGGAGAAGCGUUGCCUCUCUCAGGAUACCCAGGUAUGGCUAGGCCAGGAGAACAGAUGCCUCCCUCAGGAUACCCAGGUAUAGCGAGGCCAGGAGAACAGAUACCUUCCUCAGGAUACCCAGGAAUAGCAAGACCAGGAGAACUCAUGCCUCCCUCAGGUUAUCCAGGAAUAGCAAGGCCAGGAGGACCGAUCCCUCCCCCAGGAUACCCAGGAAUAACCAGGCCAGGAGAGACAAUGCCUCCCUCAGGAUACCCAGGAAUAUCAAGACCAGGAGAACAGUUACAUGCCUCAGGAUACCCAGGAAUACCAAGACCAGGAGAAGCGUUGCCUCCCUCAGGAUACCCAGGUAUGGCUAGACCAGGUGAAAUUAUGCCUCCCUCAGGGUAUCCAGGAAUAGCAAGGCCAGGAGGACCGAUCCCUCCCCCAGGAUAUCCAGGAAUGACAAGGCCAGGGGAACCGAUGCCUCCCCCAGGAUACCCAGGAACAGCUAGGCCGGGAGAAUACAUGCCUCCGUCAGGAUAUCCAGGAAUAGCAAGGCCAGAAGAACCUAUGCCCCUCUCAGGGUAUCCCGGUGUUGCGAGGCCAGGGGAACCGACACCAUCCUCAGGGUACCCAGGCAUUUCUGGUUACCCAGGAUUAGUAUCUGGAGGAGUUAAAAGACCUGGAUGUCCACCUGGUUGCAUUCCCGAUCCGUCAAUGGAAGGUGCAAUGGGUGAUGAAAAUGUAGGGGAUUCACAAGCUCAGAGUAGUGUAUAUUAUGAAGGAAAUGAGACCAAAGCACUAGCCUCUUCGCAGGGUAAAUUAGGAACAGGUUUAGCUCAAGCACAAGUAUCUGGCACGUAUUCUGGUACAGGCACAUUUUCAGCUCAAGCACAAACAAGUGAUGCUGAGAAGGGUGCUCAAAGUCAAAUUGAAGGAGGGGAAAAAACUGCAAAAAGUACUGCACAGGGCAGAUCUGGUAAGAGUCAAACACAAACUCAGGUGCAAGUUGCUAAAGAAACAGGGGAAACUAUGUCACAAGGCCAGACAUCUGGACAUAGUUUUGCUACUAAUUCACAAGUCGAAACUGGCACUUCUGGAGGACUUGCAGAUGCACAGUCAAGUGGUUCUGGUCACACCUCUAGCCAAGCCCAAAUAGGAUUUACUCCUUAUGAAGGCAAAACGGAUAACCAAGAAACACCUUUUAAAGGUGGUGGAAUGGCAUCAGCACAAAGCAAAGGAUAUUCAGGACAAAGUCAGAGCCAAAUUGAAGGUUCCUACCGGUUUGGUAUAUCUUAUAAAGGAGCAGCUCAAGCAUCAUCUGGUGUCUCCAAAUCCUUAUCCCCACUCUUUAAUACUAGUUUUAUUCAUAAAAAAGUGAAUUCUUCUGCAGCCAUGCCAUCAGCAUCUCCAGUAACAGAACAACCAAUUACAAUCACAACCACUACAUCAACUACUACGCAGCCUACAUUUAAAAAAGAAGAAGUAAAGACUGAGUCAACACUGACUCCAGCUAAUCUUGAUGAUGAGUAUGAAGAUGAAGAAUAUGAAGAUGAAGAAGAAGAUGAUAAUCCAAAUCUAGCCCCUCGGUCAGGUAUUACGACUACACCUCCAUCACAAACACAGCAAGUCAUUGUUAAUUCAGAUUCUAAACAUGACACUACAAUUAUACAAAAUUCAGUAAAAGCUGGAGAUAUUCUUGAACCUGGUACCAUUGUACCUGGAACUGGAGGAUUUAAAAUUCCUCCUGGGUUCAGAGGAAGGGUAGCAUCAAUUGCAGGUCAGAAAACAUUAGCUGAAGCCAGAGGUGGUCAAGCACAAAGUCAAACAGUAGUUAUUUCACCAGGAUCUGGCCAAGUACGGUUAGCUGAAUUCAAGGGAAUAGAAAGCUACAAAGUUAGCCCUGUGAGGAGUAAUUUUGUUUCUCUAUCAAACAGUGUAACAGGACAGGUGAAGAAUGAUCCAAGCAAAAAAUAUGCUCACACUUAUUAUACAAAAUCAUCAAGCUGUGGAUAUUUUGCAUUUACAUGUACAGCAGUGUCCGGUUCAAAUGGCCGAACAAAAAUAUGUCGUCCAAAACCACAAGUGCGUCCUGAUGGAACUCCAUGCUUUCCAUAAGCAACACAUUAAAGUUAGGAAAGAGGAACACCGAUAUUUAGACUAAAUAUUUAAAUUUCAAAAUCUACUAUAAAGUGGGGUUCAUUCACCUUCCUUGUAAAAGAAUUGUAUUCCUCAUGAUAGUCAUACCAGUCAAAUAUCAUGAUUUGUUUUUUGUGUAAUAUAAAAAAAUUAAACUCUAACAAUAAUAAGAGUGAAUAAUUAAUACAGAUAAGUAAAUUAUAAGCUGGGACAUUUAAGCUCAAAAACUUUUAUACACUACUUUCUUUUUUAAUUUGAUUAUGAUAUACUAAAUUAUAGAAAAAAAUAAAAAAAAAAAAGAAAACUAAUAAUUUUUUGUAUGAUGGAGGAGUGAAAUGUCUUCUAUUAAUUUAUUCAAUUUGUAGUUUAGUGAAUUCAAAAUUGCUACAAUCACCUUAGGCAAUGAUAAAAUUGUGUCAACAUCUUAAGAUGAACAGCUUCAAUGUGCAAGUAUUAGAACAUAAGUAAUUAUUUGCUCUAAACUAAAAAUUAUCCCAAUCAAUAUAAAUAGGUAACUACCUGAAAAAAUUUAAUGUCAUGAAUUUUAAUAUUUAAUAAUAGUCUGCUAGUCUGUAAUCUGGUAAUUUUGAAAUAAAAAUUAAAUACAACUUUAAAAUGUGUUUGAUAGACUAUAAUAUACAGCAACACUAGAUUUAUGGUAGAUCCCAUCAAUCUGAUAUAUUUGAAAUUUUAUAUUAAUAUUUAUAUAUAUUGUGAUUUAUUUUGCAUCAUUUUAUACACAUUGGUGUAUAAAAUCAUUUUUCAUUUAUAUUUAUAAUGAUGUAUAUAUUGAUAAAAGAUGGGUUAUAGUAAAAGAAAGUAUGCUUAUUUGUCUGUAAAUAAAGUGUUAACUUUCUUAUACCCGCUCCAUAAAACGGAACCUGUCACUGCACAGUAGAAGGUAGUGCUUGGCAAUGAUGAUAAUGAACAAUGUUAUAUCAUUUAGGGAUACUAUUAGGCUUUGUUCAGAGUAAAUAUUAUAAGCAAGAUAUAUAUUCAAUUCUGUGAUUGUAAAUAUUGUAAUGAUUGUAAAAAAAUGUAACCUAACUUAAUGACUAGAAAUAACUAUGAGGAUAAUUAGAAUCUAUUAGAGGAAUGUUAAUUCAAGGUGCUGACUUGAUUGUUUAUGCGUGUUGAAAACAACAUAAAAGAAGCUUUAUUUAAAAGUAUUUUUGUAUUUAUUUGUAAUUAUGUAAAUUUAAAAAAAAAACAUAUAUAUUGUUCUUUUAACACUGAUAUAUGAAAUGGUUGCAUUAUUUUUCUCCCCUAUACAUUAGGAGUCAAAUAAAACUUUAGAGACAAUAAAUAUGUAUUUUAA